AUGUCCGAAAACGAGUUUUUUGCGGGCGACAUGGGCAAGGUACACGUGAAAAUCUUGGAGACGGAUCGCGAGGGCUAUAUCAACAUGACCAUGGGCGCGGACGGGCUUGCUCCACUGCACCUUUCGCAGGAAUUUCCGAACCCCAAGAUGCUCCUUCGGCUCCUCCGAGCCGGGGCCGAAAUCGAUGUUAGGUCAGCUCUUGGAAGAACGCCGUUGAUUCAUGCCAUCAAUCUUUGUGCAGAGGCAACUGCUAUCGAGAGACGCAAGGACUUGAUCGAAGCCGCCGUGACCCUCGUCGAACGCGGAGCCGACGUCAACGCCUCAUCUCAUGUGAUCAUAGGGGAAUCACCGCUGGUCUGUGCCAUUCUCGCCGACGUGGAUGCCUGGGGGAGAGCAUCUCACGAUCUGAAAGCUUUGCUGAUGUUUCUAAUUGACAAGGGGGCCAACAUCAACGGGAACGGCACGGGACCCAGCAUCAUCCAUGCCUUGUGCGAAAAGAUCAGAGAAAGGGGAGGCAACCAGUCUCUUGAGGACCUCCUGGAUCUUCUCAUCCAACGAGGCGGCAAUGUCAACCUCCCUGCCUCCCCCCCCGGCCCUUCGAUUCUUCUCGAUUUCAUGAAUCGGUACAAUGACGUGCCGGCGGGCUUCUUCAAAAAGCUCGUCACAAAGUACGGCGCCACCAUCCGGCCGACAGAGGCCAAUGCUGCUCUAUACAGUUGGGUUAGAUGCCCAAAGCUCCAAUCAGCAUCCCGGGGUUACAACGUCUUGAGGCAUCAUAAACAUCACAUGACGGCCCGAGCCUUCAGAUACGCCUGGGAGCAAGCAUUCCAGAAGGGGGACAAAGUAUUCUACCUGCGUUUGGUAGCCGAAUGCCCGCCCCCGGACGAUGCGGCCGACUUGGUGGCGACUGCGCUGAAGACGCCCAACCACGGCCUUUGGGCAUAUGUGCACACCCUCACCUUCGAUGCCAACUACGUUUCCCCAGAAGAUGGGAUGAGUUUUCUACACAUGAUUGUGCACAAGCUGGGAACGACAAACGGGCGCGAGAGCCAGGCCGUUAAGGACGCCAACUUCUUCAUCGAGCGUGGAAUGUCGGUCUGCAUCACGGACCAGGAGGGCCUCACGGCCCUUCAGCGACUGCGCAGGCUGAGUCAACCCUAUGCGGAGCUCCGACUGCUCAUUCACGAGGCCAGAGCCAAGGAGCUUGGAGAGCUCUAG